UAAGUCGAGUUCUGCCGAAUCCCCACUCUUGUCAUUGCCUAAAUCUUCCAAGGACUGCGACAGAGAGAUUGUCUGCACCGUUUGAGGAACCAGCGUUCCACUUAUGGGAAAGCAUAGGCGAUGCGCAAUAUAGUAGUAUUAAAUAUAUGGCUCCAUUCUGUGACCUUCAGUAAAGCAGUAAAAUUCGAGAGAUUACCCUCCUUGUAGACCUCCAUGCCGGUCAUUCGGUCAAUUAACAACCCUACACCCAUUGUAUUAAUUUUUUUGUUAUUUUUUUGUAUACAUAUUACAUAUAGUGGCUGAAAAAUCAUUGAGUGCAAUUGAGUGAAUAUUGCUACCACACAUUGCUUGAUUAACACUAAAGUACUUGUAGUGUAAAGACAAUGGCAAGUCAGUUUAAUGAGUCACAAGAAUCUCUUAACAUUUAUUUUGUUAUACUUGCAAAACAUGGAGAUAAAGAUAACUGUUCGGAAAAUAUGUGCGAAGCUUAUGAGAAAUGCGUAGCCAACGAACUGUCACCGGCUUGGAUUCAUGAAGACGACUGCACUAAACUGACACCAAAAAAAACAGAUAUUUUUGUUUUUCAAGAGUUUGACGGGAAUCUUUUCAACAAAUUAAAAACAACAAAAUGCUUAAUUCUUUUUUUCAGCAGGAUAAUUGGACCAAAAUGUCUUCUUCAUUGUUUUUUGACGAACUCUCCGGUACCUAAAGGUACAUCUCCAGUUUUUACUACUGCCAUGGAAAACAUGGUUAUCGCAGUAUCUGGUUUUACGCCUGAAAAAAAAGAAAAAAUUCAACAAAAAGUAGAGUACAUGGGUGGUAUCUACAUGAAACAACUACGCUCAUGUGUAACACAUCUCAUAACAGAUUCAGUUUCAUCAGCGAAAUAUGAAAAAGCAUCAGAAAAAGGUAUUGAAAUAUUUUCUGAAUCUUGGAUAAAUGCAGUGUGGGAAAAAAACCAAAAUGAAUUUAUAAAAGCAUCGGAUCCGAUAUUCAAUAAUCACAAGAGUCCAGUUUUCAUGAAUUUAGUGGUUACAUCGACAGGUCUUUCCAAACGUCAAAAAGAAGAAGUGAAAAAGUUAAUUAAUGAAAAUGGUGGUGAGUUUUCAGGUCCACUUGAUGGUACUAGAGUAAAAAUUGUGUUGGCAAAAGAAUAUUCUACGAUAAGUGAGAAAAUUAAAUAUGCAAUGCACAAUAGCAUUCCUUGUCUUCGAUAUGAAUGGGUAAAAAAAAGUUUGCAAGCAAAUUAUGCAUUGCCUUAUAGUAGUUUUAUUAUUUCCCCAGGUGAAAAUAAGUCAAAGUCUUCAACACCUGAAAAAAAUUUAAGUUGUCCUUCUUUGAAUUUUUCUACAAUUAGUUGUAUAUCCAAAGACGCACAAAAUGUUAAUUUUAUUGAAGAAACACUGACAAGUACUAUAAAUUCGAUAUCUCCUGCAACUGUUGGUGCUACUGUUUUCACUGCGCCUAUACAGAAAAAAUUAAGUACCCAAACUUGUCAAAAUAAGUUUGACAUUAAUAAAAUUGACAUGUACCAAGUUAAAAACGCAGGACCUUUUUUAGACGGUUGCAACAUUUAUCUGGCUGGGUUUUCUACGAUUUCCAAAGACAAAGUAAAUAAAAUUUUAAAUUUAGGUUCUGCAACACGAUUUGAUGAUAUUUCAGAUGCUCUCACACAUGUUAUAGUUGAAGACAGCAUUAAAGCAAUACAAGAUUUAAAAAGUAUCGAGUCAAAAAACUUGAAUCCAUAUAUAUUGCAUUUAGAUUGGUUGGAGGCCAGUUUAAAACAGAAAAAACCUGCACUAGAAGAUAAUUAUUUAUUUUCCAAUAAAGAUGUCAAUAAAGUAGCACCUCCUUCACCACUGAGUAAAAAAAAUCUUCAAAUGCUGAUCACAGAAAAUAACGGCCAACAAUCACCUUCACCACCAAACUUAAAUGAUACUUCAACAAAAAAAAACACAAAUCAUGAUGAUGAUGAUGAUGAUGAUGAUAACUCUAUCAUGAAACAAUAUCGUCAACCAACUGUUACUGAACGCACUCUUGAUCAUUUAUUACAAUCAAAAAAUACUUCACCAUCAAAACCCAAUAACAAUAAAUCACAAAACAGUGCUAAUUUAGAUGGACAAGAUAUGUCGGAAAUACCAUUUUCUCAAACAUCAGAUUCAGAGAGAAUAUUUGAAGGUAUUACAUUUUUAACAGUUGGUUUGGAAAGUGAAGAGAAUGAAUCAAUUAUUGCAAAUAUAUCUAGUCUUGGUGGAAAAAUUGUAGCGACAAAUUUCUCCGGGGUUCCAGAUUACGGAGUUGUACCUUUGGAAGGUGUAAUUUUAAAACACGCUGUUAAUGAAAUAGUCACAAAUUUGUGGGUCCAUGAUUGUAUAGACAAUGAAAGUUUAGUUUCUAUAGAAUAUUAUCAUAAACCAUUAUCAAUAAAUAGAAAUAUUAAGCCACUCAAAGAUUGUGUGAUCGCUAUUAGCUCUUAUGGCGGAAAGGAACGGGAAUAUUUGUCAGAAUUAGCAGUGGCGCUUGGUGCAACUCAUCAAGAAACAUUUGCACGGAAAACAAAUCCUGAAAAAGGACUUUUUGGUGGAACCCAUCUUAUAUGCACAUCUCCCGAAGGAAAUAAAUAUAGUGCAGCUGUCAAAUGGAAUUUACCGGCUGUAAAUAAAGAUUGGUUGAUAGCAUGUGCUGAGAGACAGCAGUUAGUUGAUGAAAAGUCUUUUUUAAUUGGAGAAACAAUAGCUCCAGAGAGACAAAAUCAAGAUAAUCUUUUAGUUAAACAAAUAGUGCCUUCAUUAACACCAAGUUUUACCAAUCGAGUAGUUAUAACACCUAAGCGGAAUUUACAGGUCAAUUCGCCUUGUUCUGUAAAAUCACUAGAGACUCCAAUUGUUGAUAAGCGCUUGAGUCUUGCUCAAGAUGGUUCACAAAGUUCACCGUUUAAUUUUGCAACUCCUGAAACGCCGUAUGGUCAAGUUUUUAAAGAAAACCCAUCCCCAGAAACUCGAAAAGUAUGCGCUAAAUGGAUUGAAGGAUUUCCUGACAAAACCGAAGAACCACCAAAGAAAAAAAAACGUAUUAUCGAUACACCAUUGACUGAAUUAAAACGUAAAAUUUGGUCAGGAAUGAAAAAACCGAUUACUGAAAGCGAUGAAAAAAAUUUAAAUUCGAGUAUUCUCAAUAUUCAACAAUUUGACAAUGAAAAUAAUUAUUCAGAUUAUUCAAAAAGAUUACAGCACGAUGAAAAAGAUUCCGUAACCGAAAACAAAAACCCAGAAUUGUCGUUACCGAUAAAUCGACAAUUAUCAUUCAAUGAAGAUACAUCAAAAGAAAAUGAUAUUCAACAACAAUUAGAUGAAAUGAACAAACUUCUUCGUGCCAAUUCGAAUAGUUCAACAGAAAGUCGUUUUUCUAUUCAUGAUGGUAAUGGAAAAAUAUAUGAACCUAAACACCGAGAAAACAACAUACAGGCAACUCUACCUGAAAGUGUCGGAUGGGAAGAUCCUCAUCCAGUAUUAUUAAAAUCUACACCGUCAUCUGAUGAUGCUACAACGGAAAUCACUGAUACUAACUUAAUACCACGUAAAAAAAUAGUAAAAUUUAUGCUUUCAGGAAUUAAAGACCGUUCAGGCUAUGAACAAGUAAUAGAAAACUUAGGAGGACAAGUAUCUACCGAUUCAAAUUUUGAUAUAACUGCAACUCAUUUGAUUUGCGUACGACCAGCUAGAAAUGAAAAAAUGUUGGCAAGCAUUGCUGCUGGUAAAUGGAUUCUUCAUUGCUCAUAUUUGCGAGAUAGCGAAACAGCUGGUAAAUUUUUAGAUGAAAACGAUUAUGAAUGGGGAAAUCCCAAAAUGACAGCUGUUGGAACAAAGUUAAUAAAUGACAUAGAGCAUACAUUAGCUAGUGCUGCUCAUCGAUGGCGUGUUAAACGAAAAAAUGGAGGUGGUGGAGCAUUUGAAGGAAUGAUAGCAAUGCUACUUGUAAAUAAAGAUAAACAUGAACAAUUUGAAAGACUUAUACAGGCUGGAGGUGGUUUAGUUGUUGAAGCGAAGCCACCGUACUCCAGUCAAAAAGAUAAAAAAGUCACUCACUGUUUCGUGAGCAAUAAAUUGGAUCAACCAACUGAUUGGGCUAUGCUUGCAAGCAAAGGCAUACUUUGUUUUCAACCACAGUAUUUAAAUUUACAAUUAACAACAAAUGAGCCUAUCAAUCCCCGUGAUCACGUGAUUCAAGAAUUUAAAAAAUACUUAGCUCUAGUACCACAAUAAUAAGAAUACAUUUUUUUAUAUCGUCUUUAUUUACAUAUUUUUUUAAGUAAAUAGA